CCUCAACUUCGCUCUCAUCCGACACGCACCAGAUCUCCGUUACAUCUCUGGCGAAAUCAGGAAAGUGGAGGCAUACUUUGAGAACCCAUUCGCGGGGGAUCAACGGAUAUUCAAGUUUAGGGAUUGGGAAAGUGCGGUGAAGGUUGGGCGGGCGCUGGAGGGGAAGAGCAUGAUGGUGAGGGGCAGGAGUACAUGUGGAGCGUUCAUGCUGGUUUCAUCAGCGGAGUAUGCCAGUUCGUGUUCAGCUCUGGCGCGUACGUUGCUGAUCGAUAUGACAGGAUUCUAGCUCGUGUACAGACAAGUGCGACGCAGACAACACCGGGUCUCAUCCAACUCCCACCUCUCAACACACAAUGCUUCCCCGGCCCCGAAGUCACGGCACUCAUCACCCCUCCCCUCCGUACCUCAUCCUCGCCGAAUCCUGCAUUGGGUCACACCUCACCCACGCGGCGUCCAGUAAUACCCCAUACCGGGUCCAACUCUGCCCCGCAAAGUGCCAGUCCUCCGCCCUACGUAUACGAACCACAGGAUCCACCCCAACCACCCACAGCUAGGUCCAUUAUUGCACGUCCGAGAUCCGCUUCCGCGCCGCGCGAGCUUCGUGCGCGAAGCGCUACGACUGCUUCUGAAGCCGAACUCAGGCAAUACCGGCUCGCACUCGAGGAUUCCCUCUACACCCUCGAAAUUCAGUCACGUAGCCAAGCUGCAAGUUCGAAUCCGUCGAAUCCUCAGGACUCAGCACAAGUAUCAGCGAAUCCGAGGGAUUCCAGGCGUGAAGCGAGGGAAAUUAGGAACAAUCCCAGCAGCUCCUGGUUCAGGACUGAGUGGACGAGACAAGAUCUCAACGACCGUGGUGCGCUUCCACCAACGCCCACCAGUCCCGAGGUAGCGAUGAGUAUCAUCAGAGCGACAGAAAGCCCAGCUCCUUCUGAAGCACCGACUCAAGGCAACGGCAUCGCGGGCUCAGUGUCUGGCCUAUCCAGGGUUAUUCCAGGUCUUGGACGCCAUCACAGACGUGUUGGAUCCGGAGAUAAUCGCCCCGCAUCCAUGAUUGUGCCAAGUACGAACACGGUAGCAUCCGCGGAUGCAGGCCUGGGUUUGGGAGAGUUUAGGGAGCAGAUUUCGAGGAUGUAUUUUAAGUUGAAGGCGGAGGAUCAGGCGAAGUUGGCGGCGUGGAUGAAGGGGUUGUGGGAGCCGUAAGUGCCUUCCCCAUGAUGAUGUUUGAAAGAUUGAUGAAGACGUAUCAAUAUGUUUGGAUGGUGCAAAGCUACCUGCCGAAGACUUCGACGUUCGAUGGGUUUGUGAUCUAGGGCGGAGUGCGGCGGGCCCGACACCCGCUCAAGAUCACGCUGAUUGAAUCAUUCUGUUGAACAGAACUUGAUAUAUCUUGAUUCGCAUAAUUUAC